AUGCCGGGACGGUCGGUCCCUGCUCAACUAGGAGGGGCGGUGUCAGUUCCCGGCUUUGGCUCGAGCCAUUUCGGAUCCAGUGUUCGGUUUCUCCAGGCCUCCCAGGAGGCCGCGAGUUACGGCCAGAGCGUAAGUUUCGACGCCCCACGCGCUCCAGGGCCCAUGGCGCUGGCCGGGCUGCUCGGGCUGGCCCUGCUCCUGCGGGGCGUGCCGGCCUCGCGGGAGGCGGAGUCCUGCGAGGCCGCGGGCGGGUGCGACGAGGCGGGGCUCGCGCAGCUCAGGGCCUCCCUCGCGACGAAGGGCGGCGAUUCGGACCAGGAGGAGGGCGGCUGCAAGUCCAACGGCAGGCGGUGCAACGCAGACCAAAAGUGCUGCUCGGGGCACUGCUCCGCGAUCGCUGGGUUCAUGUACCCCCAUCUGCUCUGA